GACGUCACGUGCUGGUUAAACACAAGCGUGAUUAAUGAAAACUUAAACCAAGAGAAAAUGUUUUCAUUGAAGUGCAGUCUAUUAAAUGCGAUCAUCAAAUCAUUAGAUAUCAAAUAUAAACCAUAACUACCUAAAGGUGAGCUUUCAUUAGAAGGUGUGUUAUUUUAUUAAUGGUGUAAUUAAUGGUGUAAUGCAGAUAUUUAGUUUGGGUUUAUUUAUCAACUGUUACUCUCAUCUUAAACAGAACUGAGUGUCCAACAAACUCCUGCUGACGAGACACUGUUAUAAAGAUGGCAUUUAUUAAAGAGGAGAGAGAAGACAUGAAUAUUGAAGAAUCUUACAGAGUCAAACCAGAAAAUCAUGAGGAACAAACGAAGAAGGCGUUAAUUAAAGAGGAGAGCGAAGGCAUCAGGAUCGAAGAAGUAUUCAGUCUGAAAGAUAAUGAGGAGCAAACAGACCUAAUGGCAUUGAAAAAAGAGAAAGAAGUACUCUGUGACAUUGAAGAGAAAGAUCAAUACGAAAAUCAGCAUUAUUUCACAGCUGAAAAAAAAUCUUUAAGGUGUUCACAGACGGACAAGAUUUCCACACUGAAAAAAUCUCAUAAGACUGGAACAGUUAGAAGUGAUUUCACUUGCUUUCGGUUUGGAAAGAGUUUCAAUAAACAAGGAAGUCUAGAAAGGCAUAUAAAAAUUCACACUGGAGAAAAGCCUUGCACCUGCAGGCAGUGUGGCGAGAGUUUUGCUCAAUGUGUAAACCUUAAAGUCCACAUGAGAAUACACAAUAAAGAGAGACCCUUCACUUGCCAACAGUGUGGAAAAAGAUUCACUCAUAAAGGAAGCUUUGACAGGCACAUAAGAAUUCAUACCAGAGAAAAGCCUUACACCUGCAAACAGUGUGGAAAAAGUUUUUCUCAACAUGGAAACCUUAAAGUCCACAUGAGAAUACACAAUAAAGAGAGACCCUUCACUUGCCAACAGUGUGGAAAAAGAUUCUGUUAUCAAGGAAACCUUAUCCACCACAUGAGAAAUCACACCGGAGAGAAGCCUUACACCUGCAAACAGUGUGGAAAAAGAUUCUGUUAUCAAGGAAACCUUAGCCACCACAUGAGAAAUCACACCGGAGAGAAGCCUUACACCUGCAAACAGUGUGGAAAAAGUUUCAAUCAUAAAGGAAGCUUAGACAGGCACAUAAGAAUUCAUACCAGAGAAAAGCCUUACACCUGCCAGCAGUGUAGAAAAAGUUUUUCUCAACAUGGAAACCUUGAAGUCCACAUGAGAAUACACAAUGGAGAGAGUCCCUUCACUUGCCAACAGUGUGGAAAAAGUUUCAGCCAAAAAGGAAGCCUCAGCAACCACGUGAGAAUUCACACUGGAGAGAAGCCUUACACCUGCCAACAGUGUGGACAAAGUUUCACUCAUAAAGGAAGCCUUAACUGGCACAUGACUGUUCACACUGGAGAGAAGCCUUACACGUGCCCUCAGUGUGGAAAGAGUUUUCAUCAGCAUGGAAACCUUCAAGUCCAUAUGAGAAUUCACACUGGAGAGAAGCCUUACACCUGCCAACAGUGUGGAAGAAGUUUCACUCAUAAAGGAAGCCUUAACUGGCACAUGAGAAUUCACACGAGAGAAAAGUCUUAG